AUGGUGGACCAGGACUCGGAACUUGUAGGAUUUAGUAAUGCGUCGAUUGAGAAACUGUUAUCUGGGCCGCAGAGCUGGAAAAAGGAAGAGUUGGCGUCAUUUGGUGGUCCAUCUACGGAGAUGAAUCAGUGGGUCUGUAAGAACAUCGAAACUUUACAUAUCAUUAUGUGCGGCGACUCGAUGAGGGAGGACGGGGAGGAAGAAGAAGGCGACGAAAGUGAAGGAAUUUUGCAGCGGAAGCUAGAGAUUUGGGAGAUGCAGAACUUAUUGUUUCGACGUCUGGGUCAGCUUACGCGUCCCAAGAAGCUGAUGUUGGGAUGGGAGAUGCUAGGCCUGUGUGGCCGUGAGCCCGCCUUCUCCUUGCGACUCCGAUCAGGGCUGAAACACUUGGAUAAGCUGAAAGACCUGGAGGUAUUCCACGUCUGCCACUUUGCGGACGAGAUAUGCACUGUUGAGAAAAGGAUUGAAGGGACCGAUGAUAAGCCCUUGUUCGCGGGUCAGGAAGAACGACGCUGGAUAAAAAAGCAUUGGCCAAAGCUGAAGGAAUUUAGGGUGGUCGCCUGGAGCUGA